UCAUGUUAGAUCAGUAGAUGCUUUUGGGCAAUGAUGGUUGUUUGGGUCUUUAUGGGUUAAUAAGAUUACUGGUGGUAAAUGACAUUUGUGUGCCUAUCAAUCCAUUUGGAUGGUUUUUCAGUCUUCAGCUGCAAGUACUGUAUUCUCCUAUUUAAUUUUUGCAUUAAAAUAUUGACCAUAAACAGUGUUAAUGAGGCUACUUUGUGCCAUUUCCUCAUUCCUUGUUAUUAAAACAGAAACUUACAAAUUCAUAAAGAAACCAUCAAAGUAUCUGUGGUCCUUCAGGAGUGAGACUCAGUAUAUAGUCUAAAAAUCUCCCUAUGGGUCGUCAAUUAUACAAAUGAUGAUCCAUCUUUAAAACCUAUUGACCUUGCCCUUAAUCUGGGGAUCACCCUCAGAUCAGUGUUUUAUUAAGCCACUCUUUCCUCAUCAUGUUCCUGAUGUUUCUUUAACUUUUGUGUGGGUUAUAAUUUUGGAGAUUAAACAUAUGAGUGCUUACAGCCUGUUGAAAUAUUUGACAGAGGAAAGUACUUGUAAAUACAAUUAGAUGACUGAAAAAUUAUCAAAGAGGAAGUUUUGAUUCAAUAUUUAAGAUGCUUUAUGUUACAGACCCAGUAAUGUAUGCUUAUGUUGAGUCAGCCUUAAAGAACAAAGAUGACUAUCUGAUGAGCAUCCCGCAUUUUUACAGUAUAGAUUUCAUUGAAGAGGAUCAAGGUGUGUCUAUUAUCUAUUUGGAGGCAGGAAAGGGAGGGAGGGGGCCCCAGACUCACUGGAGCCAGUGUGUAACAGCCUCAUUGAGACUGAAUGAGACGUCUUAAUUACUCCAGUUGUGAAAACGGAGGGCGGGAGGGAAGGGAGGAUGCAUGCUUUGAUCUCUGGCUGAGGGAGCUUGAAAUGAGGAGGGAUGCCCCCUAUAAAUACAAACCAGCUCCGAGGGGCAACUCAUAACUCCUGAGCUGCUUCUCCUGUAUUCAGAACAUCACCUGAACAGACCUUUGCUGAAAAAUCUGAAGGACUUAUUUCUUUCCUGGGCUUUUGGAUGAAACAACGAGUGACGACAUGAAGGGACAUUUCUCUAUUGAAUGGAUGGCCCAGAGCAGCCAGUCAACAGGAGCAGAGGCUGUGGCUGGCUCCAUGAGGCCCCUGAUGGAGCUCACUACCUGUGGGACACAUUCAGAGAGUCUGCCUGGCUUCUACUGCCGACAAAGGCCCGAACAUUUCCCAGCACAGGAGCAGCACAUAAACAGGAGCCAGAGCCUUGAAGCAUACGGCCACCCCAGGUCCAACAUGAACCUUCUCCAGCACCGAACCCCUCACACUGUUCACAACCCACAAGAAGCAGAGGCAGACUUCAGCAGUGGGACAGAAGAGGAGACUUCCGGGUAUGAAAGUGAAGAGGGUCAUUUGCUGUCUCCCUCAGCGCCUGCAGACUGUGCCUCCACCUCACCGCCAUCUCCUCCAUCUGGCAGGAGACCACGUACAGCCUUCACCGCAGAGCAGAUCAGCAGCCUAGAAAGGGCCUUCAAGAGGAAUGCAUACCUGGGAACACAAGACAAAACUGAGCUCUGCAAGAAGCUCAACCUCUCAGACAAACAGAUCAGAAACUGGUUCCAGAACAGACGGAUGAAGCUGAAGCGAUCGGUGCAGGAUGCCCUGGCUCAAGCCUGCCAGGCAAGCGUUGCCUCUCAGUUCAUGCAUUACCCAGAGCUGCAGGCCUACAGGCCAGCAUCUUAUCCCAGGUACCACUCAGUAGCUCAGGAUGGCUCAGCUGCUGCUGCUGCUGCAUCUUAUGUCCAUCCACACAGCCUGCAGUACAGCUCUCCUCUGGCUGCCGGUGUCUCCACGCUGCCCCGGGACUCUCUUUACCAGUACAGCAGCCUCCCAGGAGUCAUGCUGCCCUCCACCACCACCCCACUGAUGGCAUCCUACGCAACCUAUCCCCAGUACUACUGAUACCCAUCUAAUGUCUGAGAAUCAUAGUCAUAUCUGCUGUGAUAUUCUGUCAGACAAGACGAGAUUGCACUGAUCUAUUUCUUAUCCUAAUAGGAUCAAUGCCAAUAGAAAGACAGAAAGUAUGGCACAUUUACUGCUGUGAAGCUUCAAGUUUAAUCAUGGAUCACAUCAAGUAAUGUGCAAUAUCAUGAUUUGUACGUUUGCCUCUGCUUGUAAUGAUGUAUAGUUUUGAGCUAUUUAAAAUGAAUUUAUGAAGUGUUUGUCUGUUUUUGUGUUCAUGUUACUGUGGCUUAAUUUUUUAAUAAAACAAGAAAAAUAAUUAAAUGUCUCAUUUGUAUGCAUUAUCUGGAAUUAAAAUUGAUUAAAAAAAAUUCACUUACCAUAUAUGUACAUUUUUGUAUAUUUUACAUGUGUAUUUUACUGUUAUAAUACUCUAAUCCACUACACUUUUUGUCACUACCUUUCAUGAAGAACGUGACAAGUAAAUUUACCUUAUACUAUUCUGUAUGUCUUGAUUCAGUUUUACCUCUAUUAGUGUAAUUUAGGAGACAAAUUGGAACUAUAUGAAUCAAAUAUAACUGAGCAGUCAGAACAUAACAAGCUAUAUUCUCCCUCCAACAAGGUUUCAAGGACAUAAACCUGAAAAGGGAAAUGAAGGGAAUGAGGAAGACUCUCACAAAAGUUUUGUAUCUGUGUAUGUCAGAAUAUGAUGCAACUAAUUUGUCAAACAAAAUGUUGGUUGUCACCUAGUUUUGAUUUUCAUUCUUUCAAUUUACAAAGGUUUAUUUUUAGUAAAUACUUGCUCUUUCAGUGAUUGUGACAUUGUGUUUUCUGUGUAUUCCUGUUCCAGAACUUCCAGGAAUCACAACUCUUUGAAUUCAUUUUUCAGCUGGUUAUAUAUUGCACAAUUACUGACAUAUUUUGGGACUGUGUGUUUUCCACCUACCGCUGCAAGCCUGCAAAAACACUCUUGUAAUGUUUUUCAAGACUUCCUACAACUGGCUACAUAACCCUGAAAGCAUGUCCUGCAUCUUCUGCUUUGGUUUUGUAUAAACAUACAGGUGUAAAAGAAGUCAAGGGGCAAAGUGUAACUAUAACGCCAUCUGUGGACUGGAGUGAGAAAAGCAAUGAUGAGUGGUGGAAAAUAAGUAAAUGAGUUUUGUAAAAGAUUGGCUACAUUUUAUGUGACAACACCCAGUAGUAAUUCAAGUUGCCAGAAUGAUUCCUGACUCUUUAGUCCCAAUAUUAAAAUUAUCCUUAAAUGUUAAUGAUCUGUAUACAUUACAAUUAUUUAACUGAAGUGUAACAUCAAAAUUGAAAACUGCUACUGGAAAUAAUGAAUCUUCAAGUUUCAGUUUUCCUCAGAUGUUGUGCAGUCAGAAAGCAAAUACAAAAUGACUAAAAAAAUUUGUGUGCACAUAAGU